UAGACAUAGUAUUUUAAUAUCUGCUAUAUUUUUCAUUAUUGUCUGAAUUUCUUUUUAAAUUAUUAACAAAUACGAAAUGACUACUAUUGUCAUCAUAAAAUAAAGUUCUUUUUUUCAAAAUUUUCCAACGAUAAAAUAAAAGGAUGAUGCACCCUAUCGUGUUAAGAACAAUUGGAAAUUUCAAACUUAGAAAUCUGUUAGCAGUGUUGCAACAGCAUUGUUUUACCCUGGACCGCUUCAAUUAUCAUUUACGGAAUUGCCAAUUAAUAUUAUCAGUCGUAAAAUCACUGAUACGUUUUCACAUCGGCACAUUUACAAAUCCAUCUACUAUAAUCUAUCUGCAUCCAUCAUGCUAUCCAAUUUUGGAAAACUUCAAAAUUAAAACGAACGCGCAGAAAUUUUGCAAAAAGCAAAAACAUAGAACAUAUGUGGAUUGAUCAGAGAAAAUUCUUUACUAAUUGGGGAUACUUGUGAAAAAUGCAGGUACAAAUUAAUGGUACAAGUAUUCUACACAAAUGACCUUGUUUGUUUCAAAUGACAGAUCUGCUGAUCUUCGAACAAUUUGGAAAUCGUGUUUUCCAGACUAUCCAAGAUAGCCAUAUCUUGUGUGGUACUGUCCGCUUAAAAUUUAAACUACUACAGCUUUAGGACUGACAGGGAGCGCUACUCGAUUGACGACAGAAUCACACAGAUUUUUCGACACGAUUCGAAAGGAUAGACUAUGAAGCUGGCAAAAAUAUUUCUAGAAAUGCUAUUGGCAAUUGGUUUAGGGCUUGAUCCUACUUUUGUUUAUUGUAUCUUUGUGCAAUAAAUCAGAAGAAAGUAAGCAAGAGUUUAUCUCGUACGGUGACAGCCUAACCCCAACCUAACCCCUCUCUAUAUUAUAAUAUUAAUAUUUAUUAUAUUUAUAGUUGCUACAUAAUGAUAUUAAAAAAUAUUUCCAUAGACAAAGUCGCUAAAAUCGCCAUCCAAAGCAUGCUGGACCUCCUUCGCAAAAAUAGAUCUAGCUGCUACCAAUCAAUUAUCAGUAGCAUCUCUAAAACAUUCUUCUUCCUUCGAACCGUGUCAAGAAAUUCACCAAAAUUCCAUCAUCAAUCGAAUGGCUUGCCAGUGGAAAAUCUUGAACGACGAAGAAUUUCAAGUUUAUGGCCACUGGCGGAGGGUAAUGGACAAUUCUCAAUGAAGAUUUGGCUCAUUGACUAAUUAAAUUAGCUUUACACACGGUUAACGACCUCUGAUGGCCUGUGGAUCGACUAAAUUUAUCUCUGCGGCACUUUCAUCAGCUCCCCCUCCCACCAUCUAUCCACAACAAGUUGACACAUGACCUUGUAUGCAGCUAUAUGGUUCCAUUGACUCGCAUAUAUCACGUUUCUCAAACGGGUAUCGCAUUGUUGUCGAGUAUAAUGGGUUCAUUCGACUCCAAAGAAUUUCUCGCUAUCCGUUCGCCUCAUAAUAAAUCGUAAAUGUUAUUCGUUGUAAUAGCAGAUGCACUUGCUUUCCAGUUGGUAGAAUUGUUUGAAAAAUUGAAAUUUCUUUGUGUGGUUGUUUUCGAUCUCGUUCGACCGAUUUGGUCAGUUAUUUUAAGAGAUAUGAGGAUAAAGAGAGCUGAUGGAAAAAUUGGAGAAAUUCUAGCGCACGUGAAAUGUGAUAACAUUGUUCGCGUGUCUUUCAAAACACGGUACAUAGGUGCCGUUUUAUCCAUCAACCGAUAGCCUGGUAAUCGACGGUGUUAGGUCGCCUUGUAUUCUCGUGGAUGUGGCUGGUCAUGGCCAGUGUAGCGUGAUCCAGCAUUGUCUGCACAUCUGUCAGUCAAAAUGAGGAAACGAAACGGAAUGCCACCGUACCGAGUCUGGGGUUCCACAGAGGAUAGGACCAUCGACUUCGAAUCCUUGACGAACGAAACUCUGGAAGGAGCUCUGGAUGUCAUGAGAAAGAGCUUCUUUGUCUACGAGAGCGUAUCCAGAGGUGUAGACCUACUCUCGGAACCUGGCGCAUCAGAGGAACUCGAGAACCUUUGCCUGGAUGCUGCCAAGGAUGGCGUCAGUGUAGUGGCUGUGGACAUACACAGUGGAGAAGUUAUUGGAGUGGCUUUUAACAAGCUGCAGGUCCUUAACGGUUCAUCAGACAAGAGCGCUUUCGAGGUAUUCAGUGAAAACUGCAAGUACAAGUCGUCGAAAGCUCUAGUGGACUUCAUGAUCAACAUAGACGCUAAGAUGAAUUUAUUCAAGCACUAUAACACCGACUGUAUUUUUGAAAUAAUGUUCUUGGCUACCUUGCCGAAUAAUCAGAAGCGUAGGAUAGGGGAACUAUUGGUAUCUACAUCCAUAGAAGUUGCAAAGGAGUUGAAAAAGGGAAAGGCAGUGAAGACACCAGUUACGAUAAAUGGCGACAACACGAUACAGAAUCUGGAAGCAGUGCCUAACCUAGUGUCUGCGAUCAUGACAUCAAACUAUUCACAAAAGAUUUCAGCAAAGUGUGGAUUCGAGAGCCUGGUGUCAACCAACUACAAAGAGUUCCAGUUUAAUGGGAAAUCUUUCAACGAGAGGAUAGGAAACGAACAUUUGAACUGUCUCCUAGUGGCUAAAAGACUAUUUUAGGCUGAAUGUAACUAGUUAGGACACUAAUUUAUUAUUGGACUGCGGAUUUCUAUGAAUUUAUGGCAGAUCGAAAGAUGCGAGGGUGUAUAUAAUGUGCAAGAAUAUAUAAUAUAAUAAUAUGUUAAUAUUGUUAUACUGUUAGACGAUACAAAUCUUUGUGUAAAUUCUAUUAUUUUUUUUAUAAAAAUAUCAAUUUAUAUGAAUAUCCAUAAUCUACUUAUUAAGAAGGAAUUUGAUAAGAAGGAUACUGAUAGGUUUAUCUUUAGAGAUACAACAGAAAAUACAUAUUUUCUUGCAUAAAAUUGUACAAUACGAAGAAAAUUGGCUCAGUGUCUAUAUAUACUUCCACGACCUUGCGUUAUUAAGUUAAUCUGAUUGUUGUAAUCGAGUUUAGAGUGCUUGCACGCGAUAAGGUAGCACAUGUAUAGUGUGUCAGUAGAUAAUUUACUAAUCAGUGAAGAGUACUAGUUAAAAAUAUUUUCUUACACACGUUAUGUCUUAUUCCGUCAAAACAUACAGGGGAAACAAGUAUUGUUCAAGUAUUAUUAUGUCAAGGGGUCUUUUGCAAUAAACAAAUUAUUCUUUAA